AUGAAUUGCACUGAAGAUCCAAGUCGUAAUAGCGACGCACAUUUUCGCUCUCCAUUUGCCUUCUGGACAUUAGGUGUUAUCAGCGUUGUAUUAUCAGUACUAGCAGAUGCUGGUAAUUUAAUUAAUUUAUUUGUUCUAACUCGACGUCAUAUGCGAUCAACAAUGACAACACUAUUGGUUACACUCGCAUGGGCCGAUCUCGUACCUCCGACAGUUGUUUCAUUUAACAAUAUAUUAUUCUAUUAUUUUCUACCACGCAUGAAUUAUUCAUCGACAUUUUUAACUACCCAUAUGUUCGCCCGAUCAAUAUUCAAUGCUUUAGCAAACGUAUUUACAACAUUUAGCAACUGGCUCAUUGUAUUAAUCACAACAUUUCGAUUAAUUGUUGUCAAGAAACCAUUAGUGGCAAAACAUUAUUGCAAUCGACGUACUGCUCGUUAUGCAAUAGUAAUCAUUUUAUUCUUGUCAAUACUUGUUAAUUUACCUCUGUUUAUCUAUACAAGUAUUCGAGUUUCUUGCACUCAAAAUGGUUUAAUAAAAUAUUAUAGUCUCGGAACGGCACCAUUGUUGCGAACGAAAUUUUUCUCUCGAUAUUUCUAUCCAACUAUGGUAAUAAUAUCGUUAUUGAUUCCCUGGUUAAUAUGUUUUCUAAUAUGGCUAUUUUUAAUACGUGCAUUACGUUCAGCACAAACUCAGCUAACAAAAAAAAUUGUCAACACAGCGUUUCGUAACGACCGUAAACAAGAUACAUAUUUUCGUAUAACAUUGAUGAUUGUAUGUGUAUUAACUGUUUAUAUGGUAUGUCGUAGUACGCAUCUAUUCGAAGUUAUACAUGUACUGAUAGCACCAUGGUUUAGUCUACAACGGCAACGGUAUUUUAGUAAAAUACGAAUUCAAUUAUUUUGUAUAUCAAAUAUAAUGUUAACUAUAAAUCAUGGUGCAAAUUUUUAUAUUUAUUCAAUUAAUCCGAAAUUUCGUCUAACACUUAAACUAUAUUUAACAUAUUACUUUCGUCGGUGCCGUAUAAAACGUCGGCGUGCAUUCACAUUAGUUCAUUUACGUCGUAAAAAAACGAACGAUAGUCUUGAUGGUUUAAGUGCGCAAAAUGAUUUAAAUCGCUCAAUCAUGUUAACGCCGUCAAAUAAUCAGGAAGGAAUUCAUUUAAAUUCUAACAAUAACAAUGUUAUUCUUAUAAAUGGAGGAGUUUGUAAUCAAAAUUUUACUUCAAAUAGUUUAAGAGCACCACAAAAGUAUUUAAGACAAUUUUUAGAUAUUAAUUCAGCUCAUGAAAACUCAGAAAAAAGUUUCGUGUGGAAAGAAAUCGAACACACAUUAAAACAUUAA